UUGUCGGCGCGACGAAGUUGUCUUAUAGAGAAGAUCAUCAAAAAACCAGAACAAGGAGGUGGAGAAAUGCAGAGGUACGGUAUAAAUAGUCAUCGAUAGGUGUUUGUGGAUCAUUUGUGUUUCUCUAACCUAUUUUAAGAAUGAGACUGCAAGUUCAAAUCGGUGUUGAAUGUGUCGUUGUGCCUUGUACUCAAGAAGAUAGUGUGCAUAUUGUGGCUAAAAGAUCAAUUGAAAAAUUGCGAAGACUUCGCCCAACUCUAUCUCUAGCUAAUGAUUAUUAUGAGAUUCGAAGAACUGUUGGUAACUCACUUCUUGAUCCUGAAGAUACAGUUAGCGAUGUUCUAAAAGAUGGUGACUUCAUAAUCGUUGGUAAGUUUUGGUUUAUUCAUUUUGAAAACCAAUUUUGACUUUCCAGCCGCAAAUCAUGAAGAGACCGAAGAGGCGAAAGAAGCUAAACGUCAAGAAGAAAUCGAUAAUGCUCGUUUAGAACUCGACAAACUUGAAACCCGUCGUAGAAAGUGAGUGACACAAAUCUCGAUAUUCCCAAUAACACUUUCCUCCAGAGUCUCUUUCGCUGUUGAUCAACUUACUCCAAUGACACUUGCUCCACCAAGCCGUCUUCUUGUUCUUGAUGGAAACAGUCUUUUACCAGAAGAUUUGGUAAGAUGUGAACGUGGUGAAUGUGCAAUCCAAUUAUCGAUUGAUUCCGAAGAUCGGAUCAAAAAAGGAAGAGCUUUUCUUGAAAAAAUUGCUUCUGAGCAUAGAGGUAAUUGAAAUUUAUAAAAUUUUUCAACAAAAAAAAUUAUUUUCAGCUGUGUAUGGUGUGACAACUGGAUUCGGAACAUUUUCAAAUGUUUUAAUCCCACCAGAGAAAAUCAAGCAACUUCAACUGAACCUCAUCAGAUCUCAUGCCACAGGAUAUGGUGAACCACUUGCACCAAAUCGCGCUAGAAUGUUGUUGGCACUUCGAAUAAAUAUUCUGGCAAAAGGUCAUAGUGGAAUAUCUCUGGAUAACAUUAAGAAAAUGAUUGCGGCAUUCAAUGCUUUUUGUGUUUCUUAUGUUCCACAACAAGGAACUGUUGGUUGUUCCGGUGAUCUUUGUCCAUUAGCUCAUUUGGCAUUGGGUUUGUUGGGAGAGGGGAAAAUGUGGAGUCCCGCAACCGGAUGGCAACCAGCUGAUCUUGUUUUGAAAAAACACAAUUUGGAACCUUUGGUGCUUGGACCAAAAGAAGGGUUAGCUUUGAUCAAUGGAACACAAAUGGUUACAGCAUUAGGAGCUUACAGUAAGUUUUUGCUAAACAUCCAUAAGUAAACCUGAAUAAUUAUAGCCUUGGAACGUGCUCAUAACAUUUCCCGACAAGCCGAUGUUAUUGCUGCUUUGUCUUUGGAUGUUUUGAAAGGAACAACUCGUGCAUAUGAUCCAGAUAUUCAUCGAAUUCGCCCACAUCGUGGACAAAACUUGUCUGCACUUCGACUCCGCUCACUUCUUCACUCUGAAGCCAACCCAUCUCAAAUCGCCGAAUCUCAUCGUAACUGUAAAACUGUUCAAGACGCCUAUACUCUUCGAUGUGUUCCACAAGUUCAUGGCGUUGUUCAUGAUACAAUUGAAUUUGUUCGAGAAAUUAUCACUACUGAAAUGAACUCGGCAACAGAUAAUCCACUCGUUUUCGCUGAUCGUGAAGAAAUCAUCAGUGGUGGUAACUUCCAUGGUGAAUAUCCAGCAAAAGCUCUCGAUUAUUUGGCGAUCGCUGUUGCGGAGUUGGCACAAAUGAGUGAGAGAAGAUUGGAGAGACUUGUUAAUAAAGAAUUGAGUGGACUUCCAACCUUCUUGACACCUGAUGGAGGGUUCAAUUCAGGAUUUAUGACUGUUCAAUUAUGCGCAGCUAGUUUAGGUGAGCCAUGAAUUAAUGUUGAAUAACAAUUUUUAAUGUGAAUUUUUUCAGUAUCGGAAAACAAAGUAUUAUGCCAUCCAUCAUCUGUUGAUAGUAUUCCAACAAGUUGCAAUCAAGAAGAUCAUGUUAGUAUGGGUGGAUUUGCCGCAAGAAAAGCAUUGACUGUUGUUGAACACGUUGAGGCUGUUCUAGCUAUGGAAUUAUUGGCAGCUUGCCAGGGAAUUGAAUUUUUGAAGCCACUCAUGUCUACAGCUCCGUUGCAUAAAGUUUAUCAAUUGGUUAGAACUGUUGCACCGUAAGUGAUGUUUCUAAUUGGCAGAAAAUUUAUUUUAUAUAUGUAUUUUUUUUCCAGACCACUCAUUCAAGAUCGUUAUAUGAAACCAGAAAUUGAUGCAGUCGUUGAAAUGAUUCGUGAAAACAAGGUGAGUUUUUCUUUUCUUCUCGUUUUGUAUUUGUUGCUAAAUCAUACAAAAACAAAAUAAAUUCCAGAUCUGGGAAACUGUAUUGCCACAUCUUGAAACUCUUGAAGCUAUGGAGGAGCUCGAUCCAGAUGCGCUUCGUCAAUUUGCCAAAACUCCAACAGGAAUUGUUCAAGAUCGCAGUGCAUUAUUAUCUAGUGGAGAAGAAGAAGAGGAGGAAGAAGAAGAAUAA